GGCAUGCUAAUCCUUAUUAAUUAAUAAUGCUGCAGAGAUUCUGUACAAAUUCGCACCAAUAAUUUGAUUGAAUCGGAUGAAAAUUUCCGGCCAAUUUCCUUCUCCGAUCCUAUGAUGCAGUCUAGCCAACAAAAAAAUCCUUUGAUGCAGUGGCGGAGGUUGUAUCUCACCAUCAUCUCCGCCAAACUUCAUUUAUCUGAAUCCGCAAUCUACGUCAAGGUUUCCGUUUCGGAACUCAAAGGUCAGACGCAGAGGACUCCGGUGGCCAAGGACGGUGAUCAAAGUGAUGGAACGGAGUUUUCCUGGAACUUCCCGAUGAAGUUCGAGAUAAAGGAAGAGAUUCUAACGGGGAGCGAUCUAGAUCGGGUGCCGUUCCUCGACCUGAAACUCAAGUCGCCGGGACGGAUCAGGAGCAGAGGCGUCGGAUUGGUGAAGGCGCCGCUCCGGCGGUUUUUGCUGGACAAUGUUUCGGCGGAUAUAUCGGAUGAGCAGGAAGUGGAAAUCCAGAUCAAUGAUUAUUCCGGGAAUCAUGCGGGCAUUUUGAAGUUUUCCUACAGGUUUGGACCACCUUUCACCAAUAGGCCCAGGAUGUCUUAAUCAAAAUAUUCGUAAGUGCAUAUACUUUUAUUUUAUGUAAGUUCACACCAAAAAUAAUUACAUGCAAGUAAAAAGUUGAUAAAAUUUUAUUUUUUUA